CGGAGUUAAACUGUCACGUGCACUCUAUCUCCGGAAUUCAGCCAUUACGUAAUUCGGCCUCAACCAACUCUCCGCUUCCAAACCUCUGACAUCGUUCAAGUUUCGAAGCUUCAAAGAAACCAUGGGAAAUCUGCAACUUACCUAGUGAGACCUUUCAGCUGCCUGUACCCCUAGAGAUGUACAGUCGCUGCAAUGGUUGAUCUACCAGUGCACGUCCGCUUGCGCAGCGCGAUCAUAAGGAAAGAUGUCUUGCUGGUCAAGCGCAUCAUAAAGAAUAACCCCAGGUUCCUGGAGAACCCAAACUUCGAAGAUAAGAGCAAUACUUCGUUGCAUCUCGCGGCGAUUCUUGGAAACCUCGAAAUCAUUAAACUCCUCGUAUCAUUCGGCCACGACUCAUGUGCCCCUAAAAUAUUGGAAACUGGCUUCGAUGCUGCCCCCGGCAUCAGCCUGAACACAGAUGGGGCUACAGCUCUCCACCUUGCAGCUGCGCAUUCCCACGCCGCCUGCGUUCAAUACCUCUGCACUCAGUUCCCCCAAACCAUCGACCGGCCUGACCAUAAGGGCAUCACACCUCUCAUGCUCGCAGCUCAAAGCUCCAACCCCUCCCACCCUACACGAAGCACAUGUCUAAUUCCUCCAAAGCAACGUCCACGUUCCUCCUCCAAUGCAGCAGAAGACACUAGUACGAUCGCAACGCUGCUCAGACAAGAUGCGUCCGUGACGCUCACAGAUAACGUGGGCAAUACCGCCUUACAUUAUGCCAGUGCAUGGGGGAAUCUGAAGGCAUUCCGAUUGCUGGUAUCAGCGGGCGCGCCUCCCUUAGCUCUCAAUCAUGCCAUGUGCACACCCGCAGACUAUGCACUGAGUGUACAAGCGGGCGUGUAUUUCCGCAGCCUGGUCUCAGAAUUCGAGCGGCUGAAAGCCGAAUCUCCACAGCUACCGCAACAACAGCAGAAAAUGAAACUAUCAUUAAAAGUCAAUGAUGGCGAUUUGAACCGGUCACCCACGGGUGUAUCAACCCCACAAAGGAACCUAUCGCCUAUCUCCCCAACAGAGAUGCGGUUGGCUAGCAAAACGGGCCUGAGCGCUUCGAGGCCAGGGAUGACUACCCCGUCUCUAGGUUCCGUGCGGUUAAUUACUCAGGAAGAUGGUAACGAUAUGUUCCCUCUAGAUCCGCCGUUGACGGCAAGGAAGGUUAGCGUGCCGAUGACGAGCAACCCGAUUGCGGCGACAGGACCUUAUGCGGAGUUUCGUCGAGGCUCGAGUUGAGAGGUCAACCUCAAAUUUUCAAUCCAUGGUAGUUACUGUGGUUGGUUGGUAUACUGCGCACACGUCGCAAAACUCUUCACAUACGGAUAUAUAUUGACCUGCCCGAUGCGCCGCGAACCCGGCUUAUCAUUGGAGCAAAACGAGAAGAGCUAUCCCCUUCUGUGCGGCUAUUGGUGGAAACUAUUACCGGCUCACCAUCCCUCCGCACGACAUGUGUACAUGCAUAUAUCCAUGCAUGCAAGCCUGCCUCAUACAACCAUUAUAAUGAUCACAUCUGCCUCUGCAAAUCAUGUUGUAGGCAGGCAAAUUCAGCUUUCCAAUUUAACAUUCUCAAGAUCUCCGUGGGAACAACUCAAGUCCAAGCAAGAUAUUCUCAUCAGUAAUCGGUCAAUGAUUAUAUAUUUGACAAACAUUUGUAAAAAAUAGGCAUGUUUCACAGAUUAUUUUUCUCAUUUUUUAUGAACUAUGAGACAACUAUCUACAAUACUGCAAAUUCCAGCUUUCAAUCAACAUACUUCACAUAUUUCAGAUGUCUAAUUUUUCAAGCCCUCUCUCUGACCAUUCUCUCACUUGAUUAUCUCAAGAAAUUUUUUUCCAUCAUAUUUCUUUUAUCUACAUAUAUAGUUAACAUUUAUAUUGAUGCUCAAGAGGCAGCAGAGCUUAUUAUUACACUACAAGUGACUCUGUAUCUAAGCUAUUGAAGAUGUAAAUAAUACAAUUUUCUCUUAUCUCUUUUCUCUCUUUUCUCUGCAACUAACUUAUUUUUAAAUAAGUUUUCUAGUUGCUAACUCCAUUAAUGAUAUCCUUCCUAACCGCCCGUGGCGCCGCCUGAGCUGUAUACACACAUAUCAGCAUGCCUGCGUUGAGCAAAUGAAUCGGGACUGGACGUAAAAGCAUGAGGGGAAGGAAAGUUCACGG